UCCAAAGUGCAGUAUACGGCUAUCUGAUUGGACCACCACGCCAACAACAAUACUUCUCAUUGGUUAAACUCAACGCGGCAAACUAGACCGAUGUAAAUAAACUCAGUGCAAGAAGUUAGCUGAGCGGUAGCUAAGAGUUAGACAUGUCGAGACUUUAUCGUGUUUAAAACUAAAAACGGUGAAGCCAGAGACUUUAAGAGGUCAGCAUGUCUGUGACGGACAUGUCCGCUGUGGUGAACACGUUACGGAUGCUGUUUCAACACGUUCAGACGCUGGAGGAGUUUUUUACCAGCGUCCAAUCUGGACACCAAGAACGGCCCGUCGAGCAGUCUGACCGCUUCAAGUCAUUUACCAGAGAAACGUUUGUGUGCUUUGAUAAAGACCCGCUGAAAAUCCAGAGCUCCAACCAGACGUGCACUUUCUCAGAACUGCUGGCGUUCAUCAUCAACAAAAUGAAAAGAAAAAAGAAGAGGAAUGUCUUGACACUUGGAUAUAAUUUUCAGGAGCAGGCAUCGGAGGAUUGUCAUGCCGACCAGUUAAAAUUUCACGGAAGUCUGAAACAAAGCGCGGCCUACAUCCACAGCAGCGACAUGUGGAAGGAGGUCUUUCUACGCUUUGGCACAGACGUCUCGCGCUACCUGCUGGAGAGCUGCUCAUUGUUUGCUGCAGCGCCUCCGUCGUGUGUUUUCCAGCUGUGUGGCCUCCCCGUGUACGACAGGGUGUCUACCGUUGCUUCCAGUCGGUUUUAUCUUCAGCCUGGAAUCGGGAAGCGCAGAAGCUCUCGAUUUGGAAGGAAUCAGACAUGUCAUCAGCUGAAGCGGAAGCCUGAAAUUGAGGAUGCUGAUUUAAGCAAAAUCAGGAAGCAAACUGUGAAUAAAAGAAAAAGAAAGAGGGAAGAAACGGUAUCUUGUGAAAGUAAAAGAAGAAGAGUAACACACCAGGAAGAGGGACAGACCAUGUCUGGGACUGCUUUCAAAUGGCCUUCUGCCACACCAGCAGCCAUUCCUUCCAGCGAAGGUAGUCCCAGUUGGAGAUCUGGGACUUUCCCUCCUUUGCCACCUUCACAGUGUUUCAUCCACACACUGGGAUUCCUGUACAGGGGCAGAGGGAUGUCCGGCUUCCUUCUCAACAAGAAGAAGAGAUCGUCAGACGGACCUGGAAGGCUGCAGGGGAAAGAUUUGAUAAGGAUAAUCUUCUUUGAGGGUCUUAUGUAUAUAAACGGUUUAGAGAGAAAGCCAAAGAAACUCCCACGCCGUUUUUUCCACAUGGUUCCCUUGUUCAAUCGGUUGCUACAGCAACACAGAAAAUGUCUCUACAGCAGGAUCCUGCAGAGGAUUUGCCCGGUGGCUGAGCAGAGCAGCGUGGAUCAGGGAGAGUUAAACUCCCUUCUGCCCAAACAUUGUGCUCCUCAUCGGGUCUACCUGUUUGUCAGGGAAUGCCUCUUAGCGGUGAUCCCUCAGCAGCUCUGGGGCUCUGACCAGAACAGACUUCAUUUCUUCGCCAGGGUUAGAGAUUUCCUGCACAGCGGCAAAUUUGAGAAGACCUCUUUGGCCAAGGUGAUGUGGAAGGUGAAA